CUUUCCCCUCACGCCCCUGUCCUCUCUGUCCUCGCCGACAUCUCCGCCCUCGCCACCCUUUCCGACCUGCCGGUGAUGGUCUGCGGCUGAUCGGAAUCCUCCUCCGUCGCUGAUCCAUCGUCUACGCCCCUUACCCCACCCCCCCGCGGUAUGAAGCACCAUGGCUGACCCCAACAUGUAUCAUCAUUCCUACGGUCAGCCUCCGGUGCCUGUUGAAGACCCCGCCUCCGAUCCCAAUCGCCUGGCCCACCAAGUCCCUCCGCAGGGCUACCCUCCCCAGUCCGGCGCCUACGGAGCCCCUGCCCCUGGUCAACAAUGGCCCGCCUACGGCCCUCCUCCGGUCCAACAGCCUCUACAACAGCCCCCGCCACAAUUUGCCCACCAGGCCGACCCGUACGGCGCGGCCGCGGCCCCCGCAGACCCCGGCAUGGCCGGUCUGGCGUCUCAGAUGAGUGGUUUGGGGAUAAUGGGCAGUGAAGGAGGGGCCCGUCCGGGGAAGAAGAAGCACCGGCACGCACACCACGACAUUGCUGGCGCGUCUGCUCCCGGUGCGCAAGUCUCGCCGGCGUUUGCAGCUGCACCGGAGGCCCUGCAGCCCGGCUCGCAGUUCCUGAACACCGGGCUGAACCAGGCCCCGCGACCCAUCUCGCCCGCGGCCAGUAUCCCCGCCCCCGUGAACCCGGCCCUGGGAGCACAAGGCAAGAUCGAUCCCGAGCAGAUCCCCAGCAUACCACGCUCUCGCGACUUGCCAGCACAAUACUACUUCAACCAUGUGUACCCGACCAUGGAGCGCCAUCUCCCCCCACCCGCCGGUGUUCCCUUCGUCGCCCACGACCAGGGCAACUCGUCCCCGAAGUAUGCUCGGCUCACUCUGAACAACAUCCCAUCCUCCUCCGACUUCCUCGCGUCGACCUCACUGCCACUGGGCAUGAUCCUGCAGCCGCUGGCCCGCCUGGACCCCGGCGAGCAGCCCAUCCCCGUGCUGGAUUUCGGCGCCGCCGGACCCCCACGCUGCCGGCGCUGUCGGUCCUACAUCAACCCCUUCAUGUCAUUCCGGUCCGGAGGCAACAAGUUCGUCUGCAACAUGUGCACAUUCCCCAAUGAUGUGCCACCGGAAUACUUUGCCCCCCUGGACGCGUCCGGCUCGCGCGUCGACCGCAUGCAGCGUCCGGAGCUGAUGAUGGGAACCGUGGAGUUCCUGGUCCCGAAGGAUUAUUGGAACAAGGAGCCCGUGGGCCUGCAAUGGCUGUUCCUGAUUGAUGUCAGCCAGGAGUCUGUGAACCGGGGAUUCCUGAAGGGCGUGUGCAAGGGUAUCGCCGAAGCAUUGUACAGCGACGAGCCCUCAGAGAACCCCGAGGACGAGACCCCGUCACGGCGCAUCCCCGAAGGCGCAAAGAUUGGUAUUGUCACCUAUGACAAAGAAGUGCAGUUCUACAACCUCAGUGCCCAACUCGAUCAGGCUCAGAUGAUGGUGAUGACCGAUUUGGAGGAGCCAUUUGUGCCUCUCAGUGAGGGGCUGUUUGUGGACCCCUACGAGUCCAAGAACGUCAUCACAUCUCUGCUGCAACGCAUCCCGAGCCUUUUCUCCCACGUCAAGAACCCCCAGCCGGCCCUGCUGCCCGCCCUGAACGCGGCGCUAUCGGCUUUGAAGCACACGGGCGGCAAGAUCGUGGGCACGAUCGCCAGCCUGCCCACCUGGGGCCCGGGAGCGCUGUCGCUGCGGGACGACCCCAAGGUCCACGGCACCGACGCGGAGAAGAAGCUGUUCACCACGGAACACACGGCCUGGAGAGAGACAGCCGGGCACUUGGCGGAGGCGGGCAUUGGUGUUGACAUGUUCAUUGCUGCGCCGAGCGGGACGUACAUGGAUGUGGCCACGAUCGGCCACGUCCCUGAGGUAACCGGCGGUGAGACCUUCUUCUACCCGAACUUCCAUGCGCCCCGCGACAUCCGCAAGCUGUCGCAGGAAUUGGCGCAUGCGGUCACGCGGGAGACGGGUUAUCAGGCUCUGAUGAAGGUCCGGUGCUCCAACGGACUGCAGGUGUCGGCUUACCACGGCAACUUCGUGCAGCACACGUUUGGGGCGGACCUGGAGAUUGGCACGAUCGAUGCAGAUAAGGCCAUCGGUGUGGUGUUCAGCUACGAUGGCAAGCUCGACACCAAGUUGGACGCACACUUCCAGGCGGCGUUGCUUUACACUUCGGCCAAUGGGCAGCGCCGGGUGCGGUGCAUCAACUCGGUGGCGGCCGUCAACGAGGGCGGCAUGGAGACGAUGAAAUACGUGGACCAGGAUGCGGUCGUGAGCAUGGUUGCCAAGGAGGCGGCGUCCAAAACACUGGACAAGUCCCUCAAGGACAUCCGGGCCAGCAUCUCGGAGAAGACGGUGGACAUCUUCAGCGGAUACCGCAAGAUCUUCUCCGGGUCGCACCCCCCCGGGCAGCUGGUGCUGCCGGAGAACCUGAAGGAGUUCUCGAUGUACAUGCUCAGUUUGAUCAAGUCACGGGCUGUUAAAGGUGGGCAAGAGGCGUCGGACCGGCGCAUUCACGACAUGCGGAUGCUGCGGUCCAUCGGGUGCACGGAGCUGUCGCUGUACCUGUACCCCCGCAUCAUUCCGGUCCACAACAUGCAGCCGACGGACGGUUUCCCCAAUGAGCAAGGGCAGCUGCAGGUGCCGCCAUCGCUGCGGGCCAGCUUCUCGAAGAUCGAGGAGGGCGGGGCGUACCUGGUGGACAACGGGCAGCAGUGCCUGCUGUGGCUGCACGCGCAGGUGUCGCCCAACCUACUGGAGGACCUGUUCGGGGCGGGCCAGGGGUCGCUCCAAGGGCUGAGCCCGCAGCUAUCGACGAUCCCGGUGCUGGAGACACACCUGAACGCGCAGGUGCGCAACCUGCUGCAAUACCUGUCGACGAUCCGGGGGUCGAAGGCGGUGACGAUCCAGCUGGCGCGCCAGGGUCUGGACGGGGCGGAAUACGAGUUUGCGCGGCUGCUAGUCGAGGACCGCAACAACGAGGCCCAGAGUUAUGUCGACUGGCUGGUGCAUGUGCACCGGCAAAUCAACCUGGAGCUGGCGGGGCAUCGCAAACGCGAGGACUCGGCGGCGGAGGGGGGGUUGACGAGUCUGGCCAGCCUGCGCGCGCCAUAUUGGUAGAGGGAUAGCCGGAUGCAGCCAUAGUUGGUGAG